UGGAAUGGACUCGGACUCCGCAGCCCAUAGAGGUGCUUGUUUUGUGUCUGAGGGCCGUGAGAGAGAAGCUGCCCAGAGGUCUGUACUCACUGAGCAUGUCUCUUCAGAGUCAACUGGGCGGCCGAACGCUGCGCUGGUCUCGUCUGCAGGAGCAGCAGUGGGCUGGAAGCACAGAACCCGUGGAACACCAGGGCCGAUACUGUGACACAGAGCUCAACAUUAACCAGAGCCUCUACAUGGUCUUACCUGCUUCAUGUGAUCUGUUGCCGUCCAGUGUGCUAUUGUUCAAGCUGUUAUGUCUGCCUGGUGAUCACAGUCAUGUGAGUUGUGUGGUGGGCUAUGGUGCAUUUCCCAUCUGCGACUGCUCCCUUCAACUCUUCAAGGGCAAGUUCAAGACCCCUCUCUUGCGUGGCAGGCCGCACUCCUCACUCAACCAAUUCCGCAAAAUUGAGCAUCUGCUCUCCACUGACCUGGACCACUGGCUAUGCAACCUCUACUUCCAGGUGAAGAGACUCCCGCGGGGCAGCACCGGGGUGCCGGAGCGCAGCUUCACCCUGCAGAUCCCCUCUCACCCCCAGCUGAGCUCCAGCCAGGGGCUUCCUCCCCACCCGGACACCUCCACCCGCUCCUCUGCCUCUCUGCCAGAUAAGAGCCCCACCGGAGCUGUGUCAGCCUAUGAGCCCAGCAUCCAGACGAACCGCCCCGUCGCUGACAAAACCAAGGCCGAAAUUCGUAGAAAGAGCGGCAGACAGAAGAAGAUAAUCGAGAGAAACAGUGAGGCGCUCAAACCUCUCCCUAAAGAUCAGCUGGACCAGUUCACCUUCUCUGUGCGAUCUCACAGGCACAGUUUGCACAGGUCUGGCCCUGUGUGUUGUGGGACAGCCGAGAGAACACGUCUGGCAGUGCGUCUCCUCCCGUCACUGCUCGAUUUGUCCUGCCGUCCAUGUCCUCAUCUGUCUCAGAUCAGUCUGAGCAUUUUUCUUUGCGUUGUAAUGUGGUUUCCCCGUCUGUACAUGCAUUACUGCAGCCAGUGGCUCUUUCUGCAGGUUCAACACAUCCCCGUCAACAGGUUUGGGUUGGGUGCGCACACGGUGGAUCUGGUCUAUCAGGGUUCGCUUCUAUCUACCCUGGAGGAGGUUCUGCUGGUGCUGCUAGGCCCCCUGACCUUGAAUGCAGCUACGCUACUGCUGCUCCUGAUCAGAUGGGGCUGUCAGCUAGCGUUUGGCUCACCGCCCUCCUUCCUGUCAAAGUUUAUCAUGGCUGCGGCAGUGUGGACAGUGCUGGACCCUCUGGCGGUCUUUGCUGUGGAUGCCGUCCUGGGGCGUCUAUCCUACAGUGCAGAGGAACCGUUAGCAGAUGCUGCCAAGCUUUACUGGCAUUUCUUUCGAACGGAGCAGUCGGGUACAGCAGGCAUCAUCAUCACACUUUUCCUGUAUGGCGUCCACUGCAUCUUCUCCUUCACCUUUCUUUAUGUUUACAUCCUCAGACUUCACAAUGAUGGGAGACUGUUAGAUAUCUACCAACGCCUCCACAGCACUGAGGGAGCAUUCUUUAUUCCACAUGACAUGGAGGUCUCCAACCAGGAGCUCAAUUACAUUGUAAAGAAGGCAGAGCAAUGGAGAGGCUUCAAUGGAGAGAGACGCAAGGUGGCAGUGUAUGACUACAUCUGGACGGAGGAGGAGCCUGUGGUGGGAUUGGCACCGCCUGUAGGCAUGCCCAGUACAGGAUGUGAGACAAGCACCCAUCUAUCCAUCUACACACUGCACUUAAGCGGCCUGCGCCAACAUUACAGACACUUCCUGAGACAACCUGAUGGAGCCAUUAUAGAGGUGAUGGAUGAUUCUGACAGCAAAGAGUUUCAGACAUCAGAGGUGCAUGAGGAACAUGAGAGGAUGAAGAGCGUGACACAUUUCAGAGAGAGGAAGAGGAGAAAACCUGCCUGGCGAUCGCACAGGGUUGAGCCUCUUGGAGGAAGUGCCUGUGACUCAAGCAAUGGAAUUAAAGAGCCCAGCCUGAAGUAGCCACACACACACA